AUGACCCAACACACCUUUGACGCCCUGAUCGUCGGUGCCGGGUUUGGAGGCAUCUACCAACUCCACAAACUACUUUCUCUCGGCCUAUCGGUGAAGGUUAUCGACUUCGCUGGAGAUGUUGGCGGCACCUGGUACUGGAACCGCUACCCAGGGGCUAUGAGUGAUACAGAGAGUUAUGUCUACCGAUAUUCAUGGGACAAAGACGACCUUCAGACCUAUCCAUGGAGUCACCACUACGUGAAGCAGCCAGAGGUGCUUGCUUACUUGGAACACGUCGUGGACAAGUACGAUCUAAGGAAGUAUAUGCAAUUCAACACGGAGAUGGUAGCCGCGGAUUGGGAUGACGAGGCCGGUGUGUGGCGGGUCGAGGUCAGUACGGGCGAGGUCUUCCUCGUGAGAUACCUUGUCACUGCGUUGGGCUUGCUAUCAAAGGCAAACUAUCCCGAUAUUCCUGGCCUCCAGGACUUUCGAGGUGAGAUGUGCCACACUGCAAAAUGGAGGCCGGAGCUGGACCUCACGAACAAGCGGGUAGCCGUCAUUGGAUGCGGGUCGACGGGUGUGCAAGUCAUCACGGAUGUUGCAAAGAAGGUCAAGAAACUCACAUGUUUCCAACGACAUCCCCAAUACUCGGUGCCUAGUGGCGAUGCCCCUGUGAGCGAAGAGUACCGAGCACAGAUCAAUGCUCGUUACCCCGAGAUUAUGAAGCAGGUCCGCAACUCAAUCUGUGGGUUUGGCUUUGUCGAGUCAACCACCCCCUUCCACGCCGUCCCCGCAGACCAGCGUGAAGAGAUCUUCGAGGCACUAUGGCAAAAGGGUAACGGCUUCCGCUUCAUGUUCGGCGGAUUCAGCGACAUCGCCACCAAUCGCGAGGCCAACGAGGCAGCCUGUGCUUUCAUUCGCAAGAAGAUCGGCCAGAUUGUUCGAGAUCCCAAGAAGGCAGAGAAGUUGAUGCCGCAUGACUACUACGCCAGGAGGCCCCUGUGUGAUGGUGGCUACUACGAGCAGUUUAACCGGGAGAAUGUUGAGAUCGUCGACGUCAACGAGACACCGAUCACAAAGAUCACGGAGAAAGGAAUCCAGGUCAGCGAUGGCACGGUCCACGAACUAGACGUCAUCAUUUUCGCAACGGGCUUUGAUGCCAUCGAUGGGAACUACAACCGGGUACGGAUACGAGGACGAGGUGGCGAGUCCUUGAAGGAUCAUUGGGAGCCUCGCGGCCCAACCAGCUAUCUGGGUGCCUUUGUACCGGGCUUCCCUAACUUUUGCAUGAUCACCGGACCCCAGGGUCCUUUCAGCAAUAUCCCCCCGGCCAUUGAGAUUCACGUCGAGCUCAUCUCGGACAUGAUUGCGCGCGCCGAAGAGAAUCGACGGCGACAAAGCAAUGGUCAGCCAGAGAGCAAGAAUCUCAUCGAAGCGCUGCCCGAGGCCGAAGAAGACUGGCUCCAGGAAUGCGAGAAGUCAGCAGAAGGAAGUCUGUUCAAGGAAACCGCCUCGUGGAUCUUUGGCAACAACGUCAAAGGUAAGAAGAUCGCGCUGCGGUUCUUCUUCGGAGGACUGGCCAAGUACAACGAGGCGGUCCGCGCCAUCAUCGACGACAACUACCGCGGGUUCCGACCUCUUGGGGAGAAGACGAGCCAGGUCGCCGGCGCGCGCCCGGCCGACCAAAAGUCCCUUCCUGUCGACACUGUCACGAGCGUCCCGGCGGAGACGGUCGAGGCUCUCAACUAA